AUGCGGUACCCGACCGAUAGGGAGACAGAAGGCUACUCCUUGCGGUCAUGUCCGCUUGGGGGCGCAUGGACAGCCUCGGCGGCCUACUCUGUCUCGCGUUAUGCUCCAUCUAUGGUGUUGUGCGUUUUGUCCGGCGACCCCGUUGUGUUUGAGCCUGGUCUACCUGGACAUCCUCUCACUAGCACCGAAAUUUUCGCCCCCCCGCCGGACCAAUAUUGGAUUGUUCCCCAAUCCUUUACGGCUGCGCCAUUCUUCGGCCACGCAAAACGCGGCUUGAGCGCUGUGCCUUUCUCUCCAACACUCAUCAAUUAUCCUCUCCUACGGGCUUGGUGCGAACAUUGUGAUCUUCAUCAUAGCACAUGCGCCUCAGCUACGCAGACGGAACACAGGCCCGAUAAGCAAGGGGUCGGGCCUGUGAUUCGGUGCAUCGAUUGUCAUACACGCGAGGUCGUUGAGAUACAGACCUCGGACAGGUUCUUCGCUCUCAGUUAUGUUUGGGGUAAACAGCCCGCACUUAAGAGCGAAUAUGCCUUGGUUCGUAUAGGUACCAGGGAAACAGCCUCGGCGAGUGGCAAACGACAGCUUCCCAGUGUUGUUCCUGCUGUCAUUGAGAACGCAAUGAUUAUGGUAACCAGUCUUGGCGGGCGGUACCUGUGGGUUGAUCAGUAUUGCAUUGAUCAAGACGAUCUGGAUGAUAAGCACGCUCAAAUUGGCAACAUGGCUGCUAUUUUUGAAGGCGCUUAUGCAACGAUUGUGGCAUUUUCCGCGACAGACUCUGCUUCUGGUCUGCCUGGUGUCAGGAACCUAGCAAGAAAGCCGUACCCCUCGGUGACACAUCUAAAGCAUCCUAUCCCUGCGCUUCGACCAAGUGCUAUCAGUUCUGCAAAGUUGGUUACCGCUUCAGUUUGGAUGACAAGAGGAUGGACUUAUCAGGAGGCCAUCCUGUCACGUCGUCUGCUGAUUGUGACUGAUUAUCAGGUUGAGUUCAUCUGUUCGAAUGCUGUGUGGCAUGAAUGUACUCUUCCUGAAAUGAAGACUGGAUCUUUGUCACGGCUAGAGUUUCUCUUCCCGCGUCCCCCUAUGUACUUGCUCGAAGCAAUCACACCAAUAAGAAGAUCAGCCGGCCGAAUCCCAGUGAGCAUAGACAUCCUCAACAAUUAUAUCAUGGAGUACAAUCGGCGCCACCUAACUUAUCAAUCCGAUACCCUAAACGCUAUUACAGGCUUGCUUUCACGUAUAUCAUUACCUACGUACUUGGGUAUUCCUUUUUUUAACCCAAUUGAGUUGGACGUGAGUCUGUCACACACGUUGGCUGUUGAGAUGGCGCUAUCGCGCUUUCUCGUCGGCCUCACCUGGUAUCCCGUCCACGAAGGAAGAAAACAUUUACAGAGAAGAUAUGCCUUUCCCAGCUGGUCAUGGCUCGGCUGGGAAGGGCAAGUCGGAUUCCGGUUCCAGAACCAAUUGAUCUAUUGCUACGAUGAGGAAGAUCCUACCAAGAACCCACAACCUAGAGCCCGCGUGAGUGUUCAGAUCACGAACCAGGUCACUCAUACCAAGGGCGAAGAAACACUUGUGCCACUUGAACAUCUUUUGAACGAAGCACUUUGGGGCAAGAGGCCCACGAGUAUUUUACCUCAUCUAACCAACUACCUUUGGGUGGAAGGCCAGGUGAUUAAGAUGACAUUUACCAUGGGGCGUGGUGAACAAAGCGGGUUUUUCGUACCCAAAAGUUAUCAUCCACCAAUGAGUGUGUGGUACAACAUGAUCAGGCUAAGUUUCCGAAACUGUAAUCCUGAACGUCCAGACCUAUCGACUACUAUGUACGAACGAAUAAUGACCGAGCAAUGGGAUUGCCUCUUACUAGUAACCAAAAGUUCCUUGUUUCGUGUCUGCUAUUUUCUGAUAUUAGACCAAGUUCAGCAGGAUGAGAUCACGGAAGCUGAAGAUUGCUACUACGCGGUCGGGGCGGCCAUGCUAAAUAUUCGGCUUGAAGGUGACACACCAUGGUAUGACCCCAGUUUGCGACGCAGGAUCAAGCUAUGCUAG